UGGUGAAACUCUGUGGAUGCUGAUAUUAUAUACGACCAUUUUCAUUCAUUUCUUGCUGUUUGCAUGGGGAGCUUAUUAUCGUCUUAGCAGGCUCCACUUCCCUCGAGGACUGCCCCAUCGCCUAAAAUUACUGCUUCACGAUUUUUCAACGGGAUAUACAUUGGCACUAGCAGGAAUUCUGGAAAAACUGGGCAUCUGCCAUAGAUAUUCCAUAAUCAGGGCCAUACUCCUAUUCAUUCCAAAAACGAAGGAGCCAGAACUGAUCAUAAAGGACCUGGUUUUUGAUGGGGUGCCUGUGAGGGUGUACUGGCCCAAGACAUCACCUGCUGGGAACAGGAAAGGAAUCAUCUUUCUUCAUGGAGCGGUUGGACUAUUUGCAAGCAUUCGAACCUCAGAAAGGAUCUGCCAUUCCAUUGCCCACCAAACUGACUCAGUGGUUAUGUGUGUUGAGUUUCGUUUAGCUCCUGAGCAUCCCUAUCCAGCCCCUGUACUGGAUUGUUUAACUGCUGUAAUAUAUUUUAUGAAAAAGGCAAAGGAAUACGGAGUGGACCCCAGCUGCAUUGCCAUUGUUGGGGAGAGUAGCGGAGGCACAAAAGCUACAGCCAUUUGUCAAGAACUGGUGACCAGAGAGGACCUCCCAAGAAUGCGAGCUCAGGUCCUCAUCUACCCAUUCCUCCAAGGAAUGGACUUCAAUUUGCCAUCCUAUCAGCAAAACCAGUCGAUUCCUCCCUUGUUUCAGAAAAGAGCUGUCAAACUUGGUUUGACAUAUCUCACUGGGAAGACAAUCAAUGUAGAUGGAAUUCUGAAAGGCGCCCAUGUCCCUCCUGAUUUGAGAGAGAAAUACCAAAAAUGGAUAAGUGCUGAUAACAUUCCAGAAGAAUUUAAAGCUAGGGGCUAUGUUCCUGUAGUGCCUGCUCCAUUUUCAGAAGAACUUUAUGAACAAGUUAAAAGAGGUACUGAGACAAUGUUUUGCCCCCUUCUAGCGGAGGAUGACAUAAUCCGCCAGCUCCCAGAGACUUUCAUUCUAACCUGUGAAUAUGAUGUUCUCCGGGAUGACGGGCUGUUGUACAAAAAGCGUUUAGAGGACAACGGUGUACCAGUGACAUAUCAUCAUCUUCCAGAUGGAUUCCAUGGAAUAUUGGGCGCUGCUGGUUGCGGGCCACUUGAAUUUCCAAGCACAAAGAAAUGUAUGCAGCAUGUAGUAGAGUUCUUAAAAGGUUUAUAGAAAUGAAUGACCUUCUUUGUCUUCCAAUGGCAGUCUUCCACUUCUGUGGAGGGAAAUAUUUUUCCUCAUUGUGGCAAUCCCAAAGUAAAAAGAAAAACUCA